CUUACUACAACCAAAAUAUGUUCAUCAUCAAGGCCACCACCACCAAUCCGUCUCCAUUAUCCUUGCGGCAUUUGUUUGCAUUCGCUGUGCUCUUACUUACCAUGUCGCCAGCUACCGCCACCGCCACCGCCACAGCAGCCGCAGCCACAGCCGCAGCAAACAUACCGUUGACAGAGCAGUCAGCUAAUGCUGUGAAUGGAGAAAACAAUUUACUGGCAAACCAACGCCAUGCAGAGGGGGAAGUUGUGUCGCGAGGACAAGCAGUAAUUGAUAUGGUACCCAUGGCAGAUCGCACCGCAUUUAUUCGCUAUGAAUUGGCCAGGGCCAUGAAUCGCUUCAAUACAACCACCAACAAAAGCUCCGCUCGUGCCAUUAAUCCACGCUUCUUUCUAAAUCCCAACGUUUUACUCAAUCCAACUCAGCUGAUGACAUUCGAGAUAUUCUACAAAAAUAAAUUGCUUAAUAUUUUCGCAGAUCGCACCGCAUUUGUUCGCUAUGAAUUGGCCAGGGCCAUGAAUCGCUUCAAUACAACCACCAACAAAAGCUCCGCUCGUACCAUUAAUCCACGCUUCUUUCUAAAUCCCAACGUUUUACUCAAUCCAACUCAGCUGAUGACAUUCGAGCUUACAUUGUGUUGA